CACUAACACACCCAGACAGCGAGCGAGAGAGAUGUCUCCAGGCUUCAAGGUUCAGCUGCACCUCGCACUGCUGUGGAUGGUGAUUCUCCAGGGAAGAGGCAGAUACAUAGAGCAAAAUGAAAUAAUCGACGACGUGUUUGGGAUGUUAAACUCUGAGCUAAAGAGAGAACUUUCGGAAGAUUACAUUUAUCGCAGAAGUCUGAAAUGUAUUGACAUGUUGAGUCUGGAUGGACAGUUUACAUUCACUGCUGAUCGGCCACAGCUCAAUUGCGCCACCUUCUUCAUUAGCAGUCCUGAUGAGAUUAUCACUAUUGAAUAUAAUUAUGUCAACAUAGACUGUCAAGGAGGCGACUUCCUCAAGGUCUUCGACGGGUGGAUAUUGAGAGGGGAGAAGUUUCCGAGUACCAUAGACCACCUUCUCCCCCUUGCCGAGCGCUACAUUGAUUUUUGUGAUGGUAGUGGCACCAAGACGGUCUUCAGGUCAUCUCAGAACGUGGCGAUGCUUUUCUUUAGGAUUCACAUGCCUGGAAAUGGGUUUUCUUUAACAGUAACAAAACUAAUCAAUCCAUUUCCUUGCAAUGUGAUUUCUCAGACGCCUGAUGGAAGGUUCACCAUGGUCAUUCCUCAUCAGAAGAGAAACUGCAGUUUUUCCAUCAUUUAUCCAGUGGAAAUCAAAUUAUCUGAUCUCAGCCUGGGACAUUUCAAUAAUCUGCAUCUGAAGAUACCCAUUACCAGCUGUAGUGGGGCGACUGAUUUCAUAGAGCUAUUGGGAGGGAACAAACUGGACCCCAGUAGGAUGUACCCUGUGGCUGAUAUUUGCUACUCAUUCAGUGGACCCGCUCAAAUGAAAGUCGGUUGCGACAACACUGUGGUGCGGAUGGUAUCCAGCGGCAAAUACAUUAAUCGUCUGACAUUCGAGUACCGCCAACUGAGCCCGCGCGAGCUGGAGAAACCCAAUAGGAACAGUGUGGAGGAUUUCUGCUACACUGAUGACUGAGCGGCUGGCAAUGUGCUACUUUGGGCCACUCAGAUUCCCAGCUGUGGGCUGCUCUGCUCUUCUGCUCUCAAAAUAAUUGAAGGGAUUUGUGGUGGAUAUGUGCUGCUAAAUUGUUAAUUUAUUAGAUUUUUGCCAGGUAGCUAUUAUUUUCUUUUCUGACCUAACUACUGGACUCUGUGGUGAAUUCUUAUGAUUGAACCAUUAGCUUAGUUGGCAGAUCUCUUUACUGUUAAAUCAGCAGCAAAACUCUAAAAUAGAAAUAAACUACUCCAUUGCUUGAUGCAUUUUUUAAAAAAUAAUGAUGUAAACUUACUUUUGCUUUCUAUUUAUUGCUUAGGGAUUAUUCUGUUAGACUUGACCACCAGCACUGUAUAAAAACACUUUGUGAGGAGUAUUGUGUAAAUAAAGGAAAUUAACAGCAAUGUCUUCAUUCUGUGACAAGUGUUGCAAAGAAUGACAUUUUAUUCUGCACUGACAAAACAUGAAACAUCAAUACAACUGAACAGUCUUAAAAAACAAAAACAACUUAGAAAAGAGCAUCCUCCACCCAAAAUGUCCUGUAAGAUCUCAUAUUGAUCAAACUGAGUCACAAUACAAUUUUACAGGAGUUACAUUGACAUACGGAUAGCUUAAAACUUAACAUGUUACUAUUCUAACACAAUCUCAUAUUAA